UGUAGUUGUCCCCCCCUCCUUUAACGUCUCUGUGAGUUGGCUAGAUUUUCUUCUCUUUAAAAAGAUAGAUUUUGUUCGGCCCUGCCGCUGAGUCGUGGCUAGAUAAAGGUGGGAUUUAUUUUUAUUUUUUUUAGGGGGAGCUAUUUCCUCCAGCACAAAAUGAGGAAGAAACUAGCUGCUCCAAGCCAAGUCACUGACACCCCGAUGAGAAGAUCUACCCGCUUGCAACAGGAGAAAACUGCAGAAAAGAGUGAACCUCAGCGUUCCAGAGGAAGUCGAACUGCUGACAUUCUCCAGCCUCGAGAAAGCAUUAAAGCUUACAAGAAGCAGGUGGAUCCCACCAAGGAUCCACCAGAUCUGCCAGAAGUUCCUUCAGAACCAGAAGCUCAGCUCGAUGUCAGACAGCACGUGGAAAAAGAGAAAGUGUUGCCCCCCUUUGUGAGGCUGAGGAGACUGGAGUUGAAGGAAGACCCUUCCCCACCACCAGACAGGGGAAAGGAGCUAGAGAAACCAAAUGUUCAGUGGGAGGUGGUAAAGGAUCAGCGUGCUCGGCUGCAAGUUCUGGACACCUCGAAGCCACCAAGUGGGAAGGCUGGACAUCUGGAGGACCCAACCACACCCAGCCUGGAAAGGCCAGUUGAAACCCGGAGGGAGCCGAGACAGAAGUCCUGGACUGGGAUCACCCCAAGAAUUAAGGUCCCCCCAAUGAAGAAGACAGAGGUUUCCAAGUUGCCAUCUAAAGUUAUACCAGCACAAGGAAUCCGUAAGAAAUGGCCCAAGCCCAACCUCUAUUCUCUCUUCUUCCUUCUCCUCUUCCUCAUCCUGAGCAUUAGUUGCUGGUUUGUAUGGAAACAUGGAAUCCCCAACUCUUUCAUACUCGGAUAUGGCCCUUUGACCCUAUGGAAAAGUUUUGCAACGCUGUGGAGCGAGGCGGAAGAAUGCGAUGCGCAGUGCAGCCUGGUCCUCCUGGAGAGCAUCCCAGACACCUUACAGUUUCAACCUCCAAGUCCUCAAAAUCCCACCAUUUACCAAGCGUGGAUGGACCUUCUGUCAGGAGCCAACAGCACCGUAGAGAUUGCAGCUUUCUACUUUACCCUACGAGACUCCGAUUUACAUAUGGAGGAGCCUUCUGCAAAGCAGGGCCUAGAUGUGUUCAAUUUGCUACGCAGCCUGCCUUCACGGGGGGUAAAGCUCGAGAUCGCCGUGAAUAGCCCUCAGUCGUCCGAGGAUGACACAGAUGAAUUGGUCCGUCACGGUGCAGAUGUGCGGUAUGUAAAUAUGACCCAGCUGACAGGCGGGAUCGUGCACACCAAAUUAUGGGUGGUGGAUCGGAAGCACAUCUACAUCGGGAGUGCCAACAUGGACUGGCGUUCGCUCACUAAGGUGAAGGAGCUGGGAGUUGUGUUGUACAAUUGCAGCUGUCUGGCGAAGGAUCUGCACAGGAUCUUCGCUAUGUACCAAGCGUUGGGCAAGGAGGGGGCCUCCAUCCCUACCACGUGGCCCAGAAAAUUUGCCGCCGAGUCCAGCCUGGAGGAGCCUCGGAAGCUGCAACUCAACGGGGUAGAGGCACGGGUCUACAUUUCUAGCUCCCCCCCGGUGCUGUGCUCCGCCGGCCGUACGUCUGACCUCACCGCCAUUCUGAGCACCAUCGAAGACGCAGAGAAAUUCAUCUAUAUUUCUGUGAUGGAUUACGAACCACAGUGUUUAUUCUGCAAAACUGAAAGGUUCUGGCCCGUCAUCGACAACGCGUUACGGACCGCAGCCUGCGACAAACGAGUGACGGUGCGUCUUCUCAUCGGCUGUUGGCAACAUUCGCGGCAAAACAUGUUCGUCUUCCUGGAGUCCCUCAUGGUCCUGAGAAGGAAGCCCCUCCAUUGCCCCAUCGACGUGAAACUCUUUGUGGUGCCCACAGAAGGGGAACAAAUUCCUUAUACCUACGUUAACCACAACAAGUACAUGGUGACUGAUCGGGUGGCUUACAUUGGUACGUCCAACUGGUCUGAAGAUUAUUUUCUCCACACCACCGGCGUUGGGCUGAUCGUCAACCAGAGCGACGUGGCACCCGAAGCCCAAAGUUACACCUUGCGUCAGCAGCUGGUGGAGGUUUUCCUUCGAGACUGGGAAUCUUCAUACAUUCUCCCGCUCGAAAACCACUGGAAAUGCAUGGAGAUGUGAAGAGAAUGAGGGGUCUCGCUUGAAGAAUCAGUCUGAAGCCCAACCUCACUCAAACCCUUGGUCAUGGAAGUCUUCCUUUAAACAUCCUGUGUUUAAAAGCUUUUAGUAUGCUUUCAGGAAAAAAUUGGGGCUGCUUGCAUUGUUAAUCUACUGCCUCUCUGUGUUCACAAACUCUCAGCAGAACAGGGCCAGGAUAGGGACAUCUGUCGCUGAUAAUCCUUCUGAACUCCAAGAAGCUCCAGGAGCUGAAGAACCAAGUUAGGGACAGAUCAUCAUGGAGAAAAUCUUAUAUAUGUGGUUGCUAAGAGUCGACAAUGACUUGAUGGCCCUCAAUCAAUCCAUCCAUCAAUCCAAGAUUCGUAGUGUCCAAAAUCCAGGUGGGAACCUACGGUCCUCCAGCUGCACGCUGGCCAACGGUGAGGGACACUGGAAGCCCAUAGAGACCUACCUUUUGCAUAGCAGCCCAAAAUACCAGCGUGGAGCUGAACUCAGGUGGGGAAAGAGGGGGAAGGGGCUUGUAGAUCUUUCUCAGCAUGGAGGGAAGCGAGACAUCUCAACUGCCCGCCUUGCGUUUUGAAUGGGGAGAUGUUUUACUUCUCUGGUAGACCAGAGAUCUGAUUCAUGCCACAGCACUGAAGCAGCAUUUUGAUAAGAUGGGGAGUGGUCUGGAAGGAAGGUGGCCCCAGGAUCCAUUUUUUUCUCAGGCUUGGAAGACUGGGGGGAAAAUAGGACCUUUUCCUUGGGGCCUAUUUUGGGGAGAUUUGGCAUUGGGGGGCCAUUUCUGGAAUGGGAAUGCCCAAGGAGAUCACCCUCUUUGACCCAUUGGCAUAAUACGAGUCCAAAUCUGGUAUCUUUUGGGCAAACUUUUAAGUAAAAUCCAAGCGUUCUUCAGUGUUGGUGUUCAUGGGGGCAGAGGAAAGAACGAAUUAAACAUCUCAGUUCCUUUGACAGCUCUUUCAAAUUUGGAUGCUGGUCUGAAGACCAGUCGGUGCUAUUACCAAGGUAUGCAAUGGCACUCUCAGUCUCUUUUCUUGCACUCCCCCUGCUUGCUUCACUGAAUUUUCAAUGUACAAUUGCCAAAGCUUAGCCGCAUUUUGAGACCAGAGAUACACAACAAUUGUAGUACUCCAAAGCUUUGGGGGAGGGAGAGGAAAAUACUGACCACCCUGCUUUGGGGGGAUUAUAAUCCUGCUCCCAGUGGUCGUCUUCUUCCCCUGAAAAAAUAUUCUUUAAAUUCUCUAUUUCUUUUUGGAAACUUGAAAGAGCGCUUCUGAUUUACUGCUCCUGAAGUUUGUCGAGCAACUUACACAGAACAACCUUCCUACGGGUAUUUUCCUUCCAGGGACACAAUUGUGUGGUGCGUGUGUAAAUAUAUACAUAUUUUUAGCAGUCCAGCAGUGGAUUUCACUUCCUUUUGUUGCAUAGCUUUGAUAAAGAACCGGGACCAGUGAUGAAUUGAUGAGCGGGGAAAACCAAAACUCCAAUAUCUGGGCUGCGAUACCCCACCAGACCACUAGAGGGCGGCAGAGGCAUCCAGUGGAUUUAAGUGCGCUUUGGUGCCCUCUAGUGGCUGUCUCUGAGUCCUGCAGCCCAGAAAUGAUAUUCUGAUUAUUUCUUAUUGCCAAGUUCUAUUGAAAUCUCUUUUUGGAAACUCAGGGAUUCUGUUUGAGAUGGGGAAUUACGUGCCUUAAUCUGUAUGUGCUAUAAGCAAUGGAAAGGACAUAGCUUGGCAGAGUUUAUUUUUGAUAAGUCAAAGCAUUUUUAUAAUA